UAUCGACGCUUCAAUUCAACCUUAGUUUUUUGCUCUUCACCAGAAUUAUUGAUCGAAGCUUUGCUGCAAUAGAACACUGAUGUUCCUCUCUAUUUGACGCAGGAUGCAGUAAGUGAACCUGAUCAGCGUGACUGUCCGUCUGUACACUCAAACCCAAAUUAUUAAUGGGAGUCGUGUGCCACUAACCAGCUUAAUCAUGACACGAGGUAACAUCCCACCACGUCAGCGUGAUACUUAUCAUGAUAAUCUAGUCACGGAAAGCAUGGGAGCAUUGUGAAGGAGCAGCUUGAUCUUCUCUUCGAGAUAUUGACAGCGUCAACCUUUGUAAUCUGCCACCGAAUAGGACGAGCGUGUGAAGCACACUCUGCAUUGAGGAAACAGCAAUUGAUCCACUGAAGUAAUGGCUCCUGUUCACUUUAGGUUCUACCGAAGUCAACUUGAAGCGUGUGGUAGCCGCGUGCCGUCGCCCUCGGGCAUCUUUCAUGCGAAGUGCUGAUCGAAGUCCAGCAUCGAGUUCCUGAUUGGAAGGCUGCCCGUCAUUCAAGCUUCAAGUCUGUAAAUUGCUGCGCUACUAGAGAUUCCCGGUACCGGUUAUCGCCUCAAUUGUUCGGUUGCAUCGUCGUAAAAUGGGGCAAAGAGAGAUCAUCUCUUGGUGGAGGCUUCAUCAACUGGAUGUACUUGUUCAAGGAUGCCCCCUCGGCGUGAUAUAAUAUUAAUUCCGCGGCAUCACACUGGCACACACAAUUGGAUCCACGCCAACGAUGCUUCUCGUUGACUUUGGAGCAAUUUGUUGCAAGAAGUUGGCGCCGGGGCUCGCUGUUCGAUUUCUACCCGAAGUGGUAUGUUCUCCGUGGCAGGUGAUGACAUAAGAAGCGCCAUCUCUUCCCGAUGAGGCAAGCAUUGAACCCGAAUAGGCAGUUCAACAUAUGAUAAUGUGCUGCCCAUAGCGUUCGUCACGAUUGACAGGCAACCAACCCCGCAAGAUGAUAUAUAAACUCGUCCCCCGCCCUGGCCUUCUUUAUCCCCUUCCCCCAUUAUCGUCAACAACAUUCCCUCCAUGGAGUCCUCUGCCCCCGCCCAUCAGCCCUUCAACCCCUUCUUUGACAACGUACCCUCCUCGCGACAAAUGUCGUCCUCUAUCUGGGCCCCUCAGCCUCAGCUGACAGACACGGCGUGGUCGAGGGCCAUCGAUUCUAUCAACCGAGUCGAUCCUGCUGCCCAUGCCCAAACUCGACCUGAACCUAGUCGUGCGGUUUCCUAUCCAACGCCCAGGAACGGGGAGGAUGUGUUCGGUCCUCUGGCUUCCGGAGGACAUGCUCACAAAAAGGAUGUGGGCGCCAUUGGAGAUGGGCGAAAGAAGAGUAAUCCCGACUUUGAUCACAUGCAUGUCGAACAGCUGCUUCGGACCUUGAAUCUCAAUUCCCCUGCCCCUCUCACCAUUCCUCCUCUUACCAACGACUAUCUGUCGUCUGCAUCGCCAGACCUUUCCCCCGUUUCCACAACCUCCGCCCUUUUGACUCCUACCGAUCUUUCACCUGCCAAGUCCUUCAGCCAGAAGAUGGGGUCAUCGUACGAUUUUGGCCCCGUGUACCAGACACAAUCUAACGGUCUCAUGUUCGAGACAGGCAUUGCCAAUCGUUACCAUGAUAUCGUGAACGCUAGCGAUAAUGGAGCCUUUAAUCUCCCUUCUCGUGAACAAUUCCUCCCUGAUCCCAGCCAGUACGCUGCCUACGAGGCAUUCCCUGAGCAGUCGUCUAACAUUCGACCUUUUUCUGCUCUUCCUCCCGUGCCUGCUCACAACCAUGCAGAGUCUGGGUCCUUGGGUCCCUUCUCAUGGAACGGUCAGCGCUCGCGUUCCUCCUCUGAGUGGUUGAAGCCAGAGGUCAGAGGGAGCCAAGGCUUUCCUACUGUCGACAGCGACCUGCCCUUCCGCUCGUUCCAAGGAAAUCAGACCCACGGAAAUCCACCUGCUCAUGAGCCUAUCAACUUUUUGUCUCUGCUUCAUCCUUCCUCUACCCCGCCUUACCACCUCUUCGUGUCGCGCAUCAUCAAGUCAUCUGAUCAACAGGCCUCCAUAUUCUUACAGCAGAAGCUUAAAGUUGCUGAUCAAGAAGAGCGAGCAAAGAUCGUGGAUGCUAUCUGCGCUCGUGGGUUUGAGAUGAUGGCUCACCGCUUCGGGAACUGGGCUGUUCAACGCUGCCUCGAGGCUUCUGCAAGCGUGGAGGAGAGACGUCAAAUUGUUGCUUGCAUGAGGGGUCGUGUUGUCGAUCUUGCUACCAACUGUUAUGGCUGCCACGUUCUACAGAAGGCUCUGGACUGCGAAGAAGACAUUCGUCUCUUAAUCGUCUCCGAACUUCUUCUUGGCGAUCCCGCCCAAACUUUAGUCAACAAGCACGCGUCACAUGUAUGGAGCAAGAUCAUGGAGCUGACAUGGACGCUACCGGCGCCGCCGAUUUUCGCGUACGUGAACAAGUCUCUGAAGGGCAAAUGGGCCUCUCUUGCCUGUCACGAGACUGGCUCUUUGGUUGUUCAGCAUGCUUUUGAAAAUCUUGAGGAAGCCGCAAAGGAUGGCAUUGUCAACGAGUUACUGAACCAAGGACCCAACGUUUUUGGUGAGGUAGCAAAGAGUCAAUGGGGAUCCUACUGCGUACAGCACAUUCUUGAACAUGGCUCCGCUGAUCACCGCGAGAUGGCGCUCGAUCACAUCAUCUCUGGGUUGCUGGAGUAUGCAACGAACGAGCAAGGUGCGAAGUCCAUCACGAAAGCCCUCAAGGAAGGCGGGCAAGACACUUUGAACCGGAUUAUCAAGCGCAUGUGCGAGCCGGCAAAGGGGGCUCGUCGCGCGACAAUAGUUGAUCUCGCACUUUCGGUCACGGGUAGCCAGCUGAUCGCAAGCGUUCUACCAAAUGCGGACAAGGACCAACGUGCCUUACUAUAUGAUUCCAUUCGGGGCCAUAUUGUGACACUUCGUGGAUGUAAGACGGGCUCUAAAGUGAUCUGGCUUUUCGAUAGAAUGCGCGCAUACUACGGCUAUUGAAUAAUCUGCACCUGCUCCCGAGUACCAUACAAUUUUGCAGGCAUAUCUUAACGGCAUAUCUUUUCGCGUUCAAUGCAUAUCAACAAGACUCAUUUUACAACAAUGGAACGGCACAGAAAACACAUUUAUUUAUUCAGCAAGCACUAUCGCCCUCAAAGUCUCCAUCUUCCGUGGCAUAUUCCGCAUCGAUUAUCCCCUCCUUCUCUGCAACGGCACGCACGGUUUCCCUUUUCUAAUCGUGUAACACCUUUCAUUCGUUUCGACGGACUCCUUUCAAACAGAUUGCAUAGCGUCCUUCCGUAUUGUCGCUCACGAACACUCCUUUUGCUUCUUAUUCAAUCCAUUUCUCUCUGUACCCAUGAUUUAUUAGUAUUUGAACCGAACCUCCGCUUCGCUUAUUGCAUUUCAAUUUCGAAACAUUUUCGUCUACAUCUCUUUCGUUUAAGCAGGGCUCCUUGAUGUUUGAGUACUCCAUGUGCUUAACUUCGUUUGCAAUUGCGCCUGCGCUUCUCACUCUUUGCCCCAGUAGUACAAUCUAUAGCUGUCGUCUCACCCUGUAUAUCGAAUAUACCGCCCCAAAGGACAGUGUGCAUACGUGUAUUACUAGUACCUGACCAAUUCUUUCCUGUUCGUACUUUUACCGCUCAAUACGACAAGAUAUAACAUUUUGGAUAGGAAGAUACGAACAUAAUGCUCCAGUC